AUGUCACGACGAGGUAGAAUAUCCAAUCAUAAAAAUGAUAGUGAAGAUUCAUUAAUAGAAGCAUUUGAAACAACAUUAAGUAUUAGACCAACAACAACAGAAUAUGAAGAAGAUAAUGAUAUAUCUAUAGAUCAUACAGUUUUACCAAAUAAUUCAAUAUUGAAUUAUACUCGAAUAUCAACCGAUCAAACUUCAAUAGUUGAUAUAAAUGAAUUAGAAGAAAAUGAAAUAAUAUCUGAACAAAUACCAAAAUUUAAAAUUAAAAGAAGAUAUAGUUUAUUACCUACACGUACAACUUUUAAAAAAAUUGGAUCACCUGGAUUUGAAGAACAUUCAAAUUUAGAUUCAAAAUUUGAAGAAAUUUUAAAACCAAGUAUUUUAAUUGAUGAAAAAUUAACAAAAUAUAAUAAUUCAUUUAGUGAUUUUAUUGCUUCAAAUCCUCAUAUUAAUAAAGAAAGUCCUCGAUUUCAAAAUGAUACUGAUAGAACAUUAGUGAUUUUAAGUCCUUAUAGUGCUGAACAUGCAUUUGGUAGAAAAUGGGUAUCAAAAUCAUAUUUAUCUACAAUUUUUGAAAGACCUCAAAGAUUACUAUCAAGUUGUAUCGGAGUAGCUUCUGCUAUAACGAUGUAUCCAUUUUAUUAUAAAUUAAUAAAUUCAACUAAAAGAAGUUCAAUAUUUUCUUCACAUGUGAGGAAAAUUCAUGGCAGAAAUUGGCCCAAAAAAUUAUUUGAAUUAUGUUUAGAGAGUUAUGAUAAAUUGAAUAAUGAUGAGAUUGAAGUACCUGAAGAUUGGAAUACUGGUGAUAUAUACUUAAAUCCGAAAACUAUAACUGCAAUUGAAGGUGUUAUUGGAACAAUUGAAACCGCAGUUGAUUGCUUAUUUAAAACACCAUCUUCACCUCCUCAAAUAAAUGGAGCACAGACAACUGAUAAUGAUCAAAACCAUGAUCUAGCAUUCGUUGUAAUACGACCUCCUGGUCAUCAUAGUCAUGCAUGUUUACCGAGUGGAUUUUGUUUGAUAAAUAAUGUGUUCAUAGGAAUCGAAUAUGCUUUUGAAACAUAUGGUGUAACACAUUGCGCCGUACUAGACAUUGAUUUGCACCAUGGGAAUGGCAAUCAACUGAUUUUAAUGGAGAAGGCUGGUUGGACCGAUGAAUAUGGUCAGCAAGAUGAAGAUGAAGUGAUUGAUCCAAAAUUGAAUCCCAGAGAUGAUUAUGGAAAAAGAUUUGCAACAUACCCAAAAGUUGGAUAUUUUUCAUUACAUGAUAUAAAAUCUUAUCCUACUGAAUUAGGAUAUGCUACAAUAGAUAAUAUCAAGAAUGCUUCAACUUGUAUUAUGGAUCAUGAUUUAAAUAUAUGGAAUGUGCAUUUACAACAUUGGAAAGAUGAAGAUGAAUUUUAUAAACAUUAUCAAACAAAAUAUGUUGCAAUCUUAAAUCGUGCGAAUCAAUUUUUAAACAACUCAAAGAAACAAUAUGAAGAAGAAUUUGAAGAAUAUUUAUAUCAAUUAAAUCAAUAUAAUAAAAGACAAUCCCCAAGUAGUAUACACAGCGGAAAUAAACAUGAAUUAGAAAAACCAACUCCACCUCCACCAUAUAAACCUUUAAUUAUAAUAAGCGCAGGGUUUGACGCAUCAGAAUAUGAAAAUCCUCAAAUGCAAAGACAUGGUAUUAAUGUACCUACAUCUUUUUAUUCUACUUUUACAAAAGAUGUAGUAAAACUAGCUAAGAUUCAUACAAAUGGUAAAGUCAUAUCUUUCUUAGAAGGUGGGUAUAGCGAUGGAGCAUUAACAACAGGUAUUUUUUCUCAUUUGAUUGGAUUAAAUAAUGAUGAUGAUAUAUUAUGGAAUCAUUCUUGGGGUUCUGAACAAGUCGUUAAAGAAUUAAUAAAAGGAUGUAAAAAGAAUUGGACACCAUAUAAGAAUCCUAAAACAGAUAUUACUAUAUGGGCUAAUGAAGUGAUUAAAUUAGGUAGAUCAAUGAUGCCUAAUGCAAUAUUACCUUCAAAUUAUAUAUAUAAAGAUCAAACAAAAGAUAAAGAGAAACAAGAAUUUGAUAAUUCACGAUCUAAAAUGGAUAAUAAUAAACCCGUGAACAAGAUGGUUAAAGAAAUUAUGGAUAGUGUUGGUAAUAUGGGAAUUAUUGAAAGUCCAACAAAAAAGGAUGAAAAAUCUAAUGAAAUUAAUUAUGAUGAUAAUGGUAGAAAAAUUUCAAGACAUACUAGAUCUUACUAUAAAAAAGUUUGA